UUGACGAUAACCAAAAAGAAUAACGUAUACUUCUCUAAAGCCUAAUAGAAGCCUAUCGAUCCCGCCCGCAAGGACUCGAAUCAUAGCGACAUACUUGUGCGACGCGAUCCUAGCUCGAUUCCGUGCACGACGGAUCUACCGCACACCAAACUAUUCCGCACCAUAACAACUCCUAACAAGACGACGAUAGAAAGAGCAACAAGGAAUACUGUCCAUAAUAAGGAGGCGUAGCGUCCCGCACAAUUUUAGAUCUCGACGAAGGUGUUGUCGGAGAGUUUGAGAUCUUGUGCUACUCUUAAAACUGAUCGCGUACCGACACGGCCGAUAUCGAAGGCGGAUGAGAGCUGUCCACUCGACAACCUAGUAAGAUAAUACAUAAAGUAAUUGAACCUGCAGCACUCAUCAAAGGCCGCCAUGUUGCCGAAUCCGAGUCUUUACGGUCACCACCAAUACAAUCCCCACGCAGACCAACCAUGGAUGCACCAACAGCCAAGUCACCAGCACCAAGCUCAGCAGGCAGCAGCCGCAGCCGUUGCUGCCCAGCAGCAGCACUACAAUCGACUAGCUGGUGCCCACAAUAACGUUACGUCGAGCAUCGGUGCCUCUGUCGCUAGCCAUGUUCAAGAAAAUGGUCUAGAGAAUGUGUCGGAGGACAACCGCAGAACCCUGACCUUCGUCGCCGACUUGCUCAACGAGAAUUCCCGUGAAGCCGCCCUCCUCGAGCUUAGCAAGAAGCGCGAGCAGGUGCCUGAGCUAGCACUCAUCCUAUGGCAUUCAUUCGGCGUCAUGACUUCCCUAAUGCAGGAGAUUAUCUCGGUCUACAAUUUACUCAACCCCUCCCAGCUCACUGCUGCUGCGUCAAACCGAGUGUGUAACGCCCUUGCUCUUCUACAAUGUGUAGCAUCACACAAUGAUACAAGAACCUUGUUCUUGAAUGCUCACAUUCCUCUAUUCCUCUACCCAUUCUUAAACACAACCUCCAAAUCGCGACCGUUUGAGUAUCUUCGUUUGACCUCACUGGGCGUGAUAGGCGCAUUGGUUAAGAAUGAUUCGAGCGAAGUAAUCAACUUCCUUCUCACCACAGAGAUCAUCCCUCUCUGCCUUCGAAUAAUGGAGACUGGCUCCGAGCUUAGCAAGACAGUUGCUAUCUUCAUUGUUCAAAAGAUCCUUCUCGACGACAACGGUCUAAAUUACAUCUGCGCCACUUAUGAGAGGUUCUAUGCUGUAGGGACCGUACUGAGCAACAUGGUUGCUCAAUUAGUCGAACAACAGACCGCUCGCCUUCUCAAGCAUGUGGUGCGCUGUUUCUUGCGCCUUAGUGACAACGCCCGUGCUAGAGAAGCCCUUCGACAAUGCCUCCCAGAGCCACUUCGUGAUGCCACGUUCAGCUCAGUGCUCCGCGACGAUGCCGCUACUAAGCGUUGCCUGGCUCAGUUGCUAAUCAACCUCUCCGAUAAUAUUGCAGAGGCUAACAGCACUCACGCUGGAUUGUAAAUCCCCUACUAGCCUGCAGAAGGUGUUGGUUCCUGCUGAUUUGAUGCACUCAAAAUUCGACAGAUAUCCUUGUCAUCAAUCAUCACGAACCAUGAAGAAUUAGGACAAUCUCGUUACCUGUAGAUCAUAGGAGUCAUAUUAAUGAUGCUCUCCCGUUCUCGAGCCAUGACACCCGGG